AUGCUUCGCACCACUGCUUUUCUUCUACGUACUGCUCUGCCAGCUCCGCGUCGUGUCAUUUCUUGUGUCAUGCGGAGGUUUUCGUCGUAUCCUCCUCAUGAAGUCAUCGGUUUGCCAUCGCUGUCUCCGACGAUGGACACGGGGAAUAUGGCCAAGUGGAAUAAGAAAGAGGGAGAUGAGAUUGCUGCCGGUGAUAUUGUAUGUGAGAUUGAAACGGACAAAGCGGUUGUUGACUAUGAGGCCACGGACGACAUGUUCUUGGCCAAGAUUCUCAUUCCGGAGGGUGCAGAGAAUAUCCCGGUGGGACAGCCUAUGAUGGUCGUAUGUGAAGAGGAAGAGUCGAUCGCUGCUUUCAAGGACUUUCAACUGGAGGACGCAUCAGCUGCUCCCCCCGCUUCUCCCGUGGUCUCGGAGGAUGUAUCCGGAAGCUCCAAAGCCCAAGAGUCUGUGAUUUCUCAGGACUCUUUGGUGGACGUGCCGACUGCGGAGAAGACGGUGACCACUCCAGCUGUCCCGGCGGCUCCUGUGGCGAAGGCUGCACCUGCCCCGAAGGAGGCUGCACCCACCCCUGCUACCAACGUUGUGUUCGAGGAGAAGUGGGGUUUUGGCGUGAAGAAGAGCGCCAUCUCAACGAGCCUCAUCAAGAAACAGCAGGCGUACAUUGCCCUGUACGGCACUACAGGUAUGACACCUGUGGUGCUGCCAUCGAAGAAGUAG